AUGAAUAAAGCGAAGUUCCUUUUUUUGCUUUCCCUCAUUUCGCUACUCUGGAAAGGUGCAGACAUAAAAUGCUCAGCUCCCAUUGGAGUUGCUCCUGAAGGCCCCAGUUUCGCUGAAACGAAGGUACAAAUCCCACUUACUAUGCUAGAUAAACUCAGACAGAACGACUUCUCGCGGUUUCACGAAUUGAUGGGCAUCCAGAAUGAGCAAAUGAAUAUACUGAAAAAUGCCAUGCUGUCCAUGGAGGAGGUUUAA